AUGGAGCAGGACACGCAAUGGCUCUACCAGCUCCUGGCAGAAGUGCAACUGGAGAAGUUCUACCUGCGCGUCCGAGACGGCCUCAACAUCACGCGCGUGGAGCACUUCGCGUACGUCAAGGAGGCCGACCUGGAACACGUCGGGAUCAGCAAACCGGCGCAACGAAGAUUGUGGGAUGCGCUAAAACGCCACAAAGCUUCCAGAGGCUGGCGCUCGUGGGUGCCCAAGGGGUUCGGCGGUCGCGGUCCCGACGCCGCCGUCGGGGAGCCCGGCUCGGAAGGCGGAAGGCCGGCCCUUCCCAGCCUGAUCCAGGACAGCGAGCUGAUUCUAGGGGAGAGGCUGGGCUCCGGUUCCUUCGGGGUGGUCAAAAAAGGCGAGUGGCACACCCCCACCGGGCGAGUUCUACCGGUGGCGGUGAAAUCGCUCCGCAGCAGCAUGUCCCGACAGGCGGAGACCUUGACGGACUUUUUACAGGAAGUGACCAGCAUGCAGUCACUGGACCACCCGCACAUCAUUCGACUGUACGGUGUGGUGCUCACGCAUCCCCUCAAAAUGGUGACCGAGCUGGCCCAGUUCGGCUCGCUGUACGAUACGCUGCGCUCUCGCCAGUUCGAGUACCCGUUGACGCGCUUGUGGCUGUUCGCCGGCCAGAUAGCGGCGGGCAUGGACUACCUGGAGACGCGGCGCUUCAUCCACCGCGACCUGGCCGCCCGCAACGUCCUGCUGGCCUCCAGGGAGACUGUGAAGCUCGCCGACUUCGGUCUCAUGAGAGGCCUGAGCCGGGACGCCGACCACUACGUCAUGUCCGCGCACAGGCGCAUCCCUUUCGCCUGGUGCGCCCCGGAAAGUCUCCGCGUGGGCUCUUUCUCGCAUUCCUCCGACGUGUGGAUGUUCGGCGUCACCCUCUGGGAGAUGUUCACUUAUUGCGAAGAGCCUUGGCUCGGUCUCUCGGGAAGACAGAUCCUGUGGCGCGUGGAGCGUGAAGGCGAACGCUUGGAAAAACCGCCCGACUCCCCCCGGGAGAUGUACGCCAUCAUGCGCAAGUGCUGGGCGUGCAACCCGUCCGAUCGGCCCAACUUCGCGCAGCUGGCGACCAUGGUGACCGAGGCCAAGCCCGCCGAGGUGCGGGCCGCCCGGGAGUUUGCGGAAGCCAGGAAAUUGGCGCUGGCGCCCGGAGACAUCGUCACUCUUGUGGAGCACGGGCUGGAGCUGAGCGAGUGGCGCGGCCAGAACCAGAGGACGCUCAGCGUGGGCUGGUUCCCUCCCGGCGUCGUCGUGCCGCCCGUCCCGGCGCCUUCCGGCGAGCCGGCGCCCGAUCCGGUCUCAGAUUUCAUCUCGGCACCUAUGAGAGGCAGCCUGCACCACGCCGCGCACGGGGACGUCCGCCCGGAUCGCAGCUGGGGAACGCCCGACAACCUGGAAGACAGUGGCGGCUUUAGGCAAGCCACGACCAGGGAGAAGGAGCCGUCCAAUCUGCAAAAAAUGUCGGGUUUUUCCCGAAGUCUGGAGUCCGUGCUGAGCGGUCGCCAGUGCCCGGGGCCCCCGUCGGCCUCCCGGGGACGGGCGUACCCGGUGGUGGCCCGUAGCGUGGUGGUGCAGCAAGACCCCCGGCGCUUCAGCGAGGCCAGUCUCCUGCCGCCCCCGCGCCCACCACCGCCUCACCUCAAGCGCUCCAACUGGAAGCCUCAGCGAAGGCCCGCCACGGUUCCGCCGCCCCAACCUCCGGGGGGCGCCAACCUCGUCAAAAUGUCCCAUCUGGCGCGUUCCACGCCUCAGCUGGAUGAACCCGCAGAUGCCAGGGAGCGUCUUCGUGAAAGAGAGAUUCCGCCGCCGCCACCGCUACCGCCCGCACACCUCACCAGAGAUGCGCUCAUCUCGCAGGUGAUGGACGCCGUGCACGGCGUGACCAUCGAGGAGGCUCGCGCCGCACUGCAACGCAACGACUGGAACCCGCCGCGAGCCGAGCAGCAACUCAAGUUGGAGCAGCUCUACUCGUUGAGUCUGUGCUCGAAGGAGGACUGCCUCAGGAUACUCGCCCGGUACCAGUGGAACCUGCAGCUCGCCAGCCGAUACCUGAUCCGCUGGUCGCGUGACGAUCGCUCCGCUUCCGCCGAGCGACGCGUGUAA